AUGAACCACUCCAUGAACCUCUCCUUCAACGAAGAUGGGUCUGUCCUAACCGCCAGCUCUGGCAUGACGGCCAAACACGGCAAUGGUAGAGUUGCUGCCAGUAUUCACAAGAACACUGCUCGCACCAUUGCAUGUACGGAGCACUCCAUGUUCAGCAAUGACUCGGCAUCGAGUUUUUGCAGCGACGGGUAUUUGUUCGAGGAUAGCAAUAGCUCUUUGUUGUUGGAUAUUCCCUCUCAAGACAAGCCAGAAGAAGAAAUUGAUGCCUGCAUUCACUACAUGGGCCGCAACUACGAGGCAUCGGACUUUCGUAGUUCGGCUCCCGUCUUGGAACAGAGUUUUCGAAACGCCCGCAACAAUGACAGUCUUCUUAAUCAGGGUGGGUCCAUGCACAAUCUCUUGAGUCGAUGGGGUCGUGGUAACAGCAAUAAUUCGGUCAGUCACAACUUGGCGGCCAGUACCACCAGCAUGGGACUGGGCGCCAGCGAGCACAUUGCCGAUCGUUGGGCCAAAUUGGAAGAUGACAGUCAAGAACAGCAACAUCAGGCGCCACCCCUCAGCAGCAGUCCUCCUACUAGCACGAGUGGUGAGGAACAACUAACACUGCAACAACAACAACGACGCGCCAAUCGCCGCAAAGCCACUCGCACCGCCACCACCCCACCGUCAGCAGCACGCCAAGGGUUGCCCCCCAAGUCCAACUCCAGCAGCAACUUGAUGCUGCAACGAAACAGUUACCACACGCCCCUCUCACGGUCCUCCAACCACGGCGGCGGAAGUCACAGUCAGUUACAGUUGAUGAGUGCGCAUUCCGAACAUACGGCUCUCUCGACACGGAGUAUCAUGAAGAAUGAAACAUUCAUCAGCAAAGUCUUUGGUUCCAGUCUGACUCCGGAAGAAAAGGAACAACAGCAAUGGUCCCAACGGGGAUUGGAGAAAUGGGGAUACACCAAUGCCGAUGUCGCCAGUAUCAUUGAAGACGAUGAAACUUUUGCCAAGUUAAAGCGCAACUUGCGAAAUCGCAAUGCCGUCACCAACAGUCUGGUGGUACAACGACUGCAUGUCUUUGUCAAGAGUCAAAAACAAAAACAACAACGAGAGCAAGAACAGCAAUAA